CUGCUAUCCUAUAUUUGGAUUUUGCAAUGGGAAUGGGCUAAUAAUGUUAUCUGUUACUUAAAAUACUAAACUGUUGCAGAAACAUGUUAGUAUGGAUCAUCAUGAGUUAUUAGGUGUCUCACAAGUAAUCUUAAACUGAAAUGUCGCCUGAUGUAGGUAGCCUCGGAGUCUGCUAAAUUAUCAGAAAGCUUAUUGUAUGAGUCUAGUUCAACAUUUCUUAAUUAGCCUAGACAGGUCUGUAUCCUGAAGUCGCCACUGUGGCCUAUCCAAUGGCUGCAGUCUGGCUUUCCAACAUGUUAUUUAAGUAUUUUAUUUAAAAAAAUGUUUAUGGUGAUUCCCUUCUAUUUUCUAAGGGCAAUAUGUUUGUAAGAAUUGUCUAUUUGGAAAGCUAAGCUUCUGCAAUUGUUGCAUAUAUAUAAUUGAAGCAGUUGAUGCACAUGACUAAAUUUACCAGGCUUGGUCAUUGUGAGACCUUUGUUCUUUAUUUUGCCAAUGUCUCAUUUUUUUUCCUCAUAUCUUGCAUGCUUAAUUAUGCUAUACCUUUUUAACCACGUACAGCCUGCAGGAUGACCUUGAUAGAUGUUGUAGACUUAUCUAGUGAUGAUGAACUUGGAGAGCUGGAUGUGAAACCUGUUAAGUUGGAGCUAGGUGUUAUUGGAAGAAAUAAUGACAAGUGUAAAGCUCAACCUGUGAAGAAUAAAUUGUCUCAAAAAAAACCUGCUAUACAAGAUUCUGAAGAAAAUAGGAGCUCAAUUGCUUUAAGUGCCGGUCACAGUAGUUCUAGUAUAUUAGACCAAGGGCAGUCUCCUGUGGAUGACACAGGCAUCUCUUCUGCAUUGCCUGUAUGUCCAGCACCACUUUGUCGACAAUUUUGGAAAGCUGGCAACUACGAUGAUGGCAUUGGUUCUAAAACCACAUUUCAAAAUGGCAAAAAUUAUCUACACAUCCACCCCAUGUUUCUUCACUCAAAUGCCACCUCACAUAAAUGGGCCUUUGGUGCGAUAGCAGAACUUCUUGACAACGCAUUUGAUGAGAUCCAAAAUGGGGCCACUUUUGUAAAUGUAGAUAAAAUCUUAAAUCCGAAGGAUGGAAGCCCAGCAUUGUUAAUUCAAGAUGAUGGUAACGGCUUGGACCCCGAAGCCAUGCGCCGCUGUAUGAGUUUUGGGUUUUCAGAUAAGAAGUCGAAAACAGCCAUCGGCCAUUAUGGUAAUGGCUUCAAGACCAGUACUAUGAGACUUGGUGCGGAUGUUAUUGUAUUCAGCCGCCACCAGGAUAAGAGGACAUUGACUCAAAGCAUUGGUCUUCUCUCGUACACAUUUUUGGCACGAACAGGACAUGAUAGAAUAGUAGUCCCGAUGGUGGAUUAUGAAUUCAACCCUACGUCUGAGACAUUAGAGAUAAUGCACGGCAGAGAACAUUUUAUGUUUAAUCUCUCCUUGCUGCUACAGUGGUCCCCAUAUUUGACCGAGGCUGAGCUACUGAAACAAUUUAAUGACAUUGGAGCUCAUGGCACAAAAGUUAUGGUUUAUAACUUGUGGUGUAACGACGAUGGGAGUCCAGAGCUGGACUUUGAUACAGAUCCUGAGGAUAUUCGUAUUAGCGGGGAUACAAGAAAAGUUAGUGCCAGACCCGAUUGGAAAGAAGUAAAUGAACGGCACAUUGCUAACCGUUUCCAUCAUUCUCUCCGUGUUUACUUGUCUAUCUUGUACUUGCGGAUACCAGCAACCUUUCAAAUAUUUCUGCGCGGGCGAGUUGUUGAGCAUCAUAACAUUGCCGAUGAUCUAAAGUUUCAAGAAUAUAUCUUAUAUAGACCUCAAACUGGGGGUACUGUGGAGGGUCAAGUUAUUACAACUAUUGGAUUUCUAAAUGAUGCUCCGUAUGUCAGUUACCACGGCUUCAAUGUGUAUCAUAAGAAUCGUUUGAUACUGCCGUAUUGGCAAGUUGUGAGCUAUUUGGACAGUAGGGGUCGUGGUGUUGUUGGUGUUUUGGAAGCAAAUUUUAUUGAGCCAAGUCAUAACAAACAAGAUUUUGAGAGAACAUCUCUUUUUCAGAAAUUGGAAGUCCGUUUGAAGGAAAUGACGUGGGAAUACUGGGAUUAUCACUGUGGACUAAUUGGGUAUCAGGUAAAGAAAAAGCUUAAACCACAAAACGGCAUGAAUCAAUCUUUCACAUCAGGCCAAACAUCCAGUGCUCUUGGUAGUAAAAAUGCUGUACUUGGAAAAUCCGGGCCAUCAAUUCCAAGCAGCUUAAGGAAAUCUGUACAAGGAACGGUGAAGAGGAAAGAACGCGAUGAUGUUCAGCCAGUUGAAAAUAUGAAAGGGGCGAAGAUGAUUAAUACUGGGAAGAGUCCGUCUGUACAGCAGUUGAAUCACACUGGAAAUCAGCUGAAAGAUCAAGAGGCUAAAAAUCUGAUGCAAGAGAAUAACAAACUCCAGGCUAAAUGCUUGGAAUACGAAAAGAGAGAGGAGGAAUUAAAUCUCAAGGUGGCACAGCUUAAGAAGGAAAUGAAAGAAGUUGAUGAUGAAUACUCUACAAUGUUGGCCGAAUUAGAAGCCCUGGGGGAUGUGAAGGAAGAAAAGGGUACAUAAAUGAUGUAGAUACUGUUGUAUCUCUAAUUCUUUCAUUUGUAAAACUUUGUUGUAUCAAAUGAGUGUAGCAUUCAGUUUUCAAUCUCUAGGAUGGUUGACGUAGGAGAAAAAGUGCUAGUGUAUGAUGGGAGAGGUCCGGGAAAAAAGUGACGAGGUAAAAUGGUGUACAGUUAGGAAUCAGCACUCAAAUCCUCAUCUGGUGUUAAAAAUUUGUUGC